AGUCACAAGGCACGAAUGCGGCUGUGGUUGAAGGAAAUUUGGGAGGUGCUAGAGCCCGAGAGCAGCGGCAACCUGCAGGUUAAGUGGGCGCUGGGGCACGAGGUUCUGUGGACAGGCAUGAUGAGAAGCCUAGAAAAGCUGGUGCUGCUUCCCUCCCUGUUUGUCCUGGUUGUCCUCUGCCAUUCAGGUUAUAGCCUGAGGUGCUACAGCUGUAUGAGCCCAGAUCCUGUAUGCACUACGGUCUCCAAUUGUACACCUAAUUUUGAUAGCUGUCUCCGUACCAAAGCCGGGCCACGAGUAUAUCACCAAUGUUGGAGGUCUGAGAAUUGCAAGUUUGAGGACAUUUCACGGCUUUUAGGGGAGAAAGAGCUAGAAUACUACUGCUGCAAGAAGGACCUGUGUAACAGUGAUGGGACCAUCACCUUAUCCGGGAAAACAGUUUUUGUGCUGGUGACCCCCUUUCUGGCAGCAGCCUGGAACUUGUAUCUCUAAUCAACACCAGGAGUACCUAUCAACUCCCCCACUGCUGUACAUGCCCCCUUCCCUUGCUGCUGCAUUCCAAAGGCUUAAUGUUUUCCAUCUGGAUUCUGUUGGAGAAGAAUAAAAUGAGCUCCAGCAACUUGGGUAAGAGAAUGAGGGACUCCGAGACUUUGAAGACCAGUCCUAUUUGCAGAGAGGCCCCACUUGAGGGAAGAAGUUUAGGAGGGAAGUAGGUGUGACUAGAACUAGGAUCAUGUUUCUUCCUCUGCUCUCUGGAGGACCAGCUUUGCAGUGACAGCUUAUAUAGGUUCCCUGCAGUAUUAUAGGGUAAUACUCCUAGGUAUUACCCUAUAAUUCCCCUCUGAUUCCCUGAAUAUAGUUGAAUAGAAUGAGUAACAUUUGGGGAAGUUAUGCCAGGGGAAUUCUUUUCAGCCUUCUCUCACACAUGGAAUGGUUUCUUAAGCCUCAGGGCUCCUGUGUGAGCACAGAUGUUCCAGAUGUGGGUCAUCAGUGUGUGUGUGUGAACAACCUUUGGGGUGGCAGUUUGAGACUUCCAGAUGUCAUCCUUAACAGCAGCAGAUCUGCAGGCGUGUGAUUGACCUGCCCAUCUGUAUUCAGCCCAUUGACUCCUGGUCAAUGAAAAUGACAUGCCUAAAAAAUGACACACCCCUUGCACAAAGGCAAGGAUUCUCUUUUUCCCCCUGGGCACUGGCAAAGAACUGUCAAAAUUCAGUAGACUUCCUGACAUUUAUAUCAUGAGCUUGGCUUUAUUUAUGCCGUAGCCUGGCUUUUGUCCAUUAAGAAAUUAAAGGAAUGCUUCAAUUUCUUGAUUAACUUAAAAAAAAAAGCCUUUGGGUAAAUGAGGUGAAAGCUAUGUUGAUUAGUAGGAUGUGAGCACUCCAAUUUGUACAAAUAAUCAACACAUCGAAUCCCAUAAUGGCAUAAUGUAUUUAUGAGCUAUGUACAAAUGACUUAAUAAAAAAAAAAACCAACCUCCUUAUUGUUAGAUAAAUUGAAUGCAGUGGAUGAUGCCUUCCUGAAAAUAAAAUCUCAUCAAAUCCAUGAGUAUAGUUACUGGCCCAGAAGGGUAACGGCAUAUGCAAUAUUCUCGACGGUAGCAACUCAAAGAAAAGAUCUUGGGCAGAGCCAGUUUCUGUGUUUUGUUCACUUGAACAAAGAUA